CAUGUUGGCAGGAUGACCCAGAAAGCAGACCUGACAUUCAAUAUGUUGAAACAAGGCUUAAUGGAAUGUUUUCAAGCUCAAAUAUAGUUGAUAAAGAGAAAAAUGACAAGCAACAAAAAAAUGAGGAUAGUAGUUCUUUCAGUCAUCCCAAUACUAUUUUAACAGAAUCUACCACUAUUGAUUCACUGCAAGCAAAAUUUGAUAAAGUCUUGGAUUCUUAG